AUGGUCAGAGUUUCCGUUUUGAACGACUGCUUGAACAACAUCAACAAUGCCGAAAAGCGUGGCAAGCGUCAAGUGCUUAUUCGUCCUUCUUCCAAGGUCAUUGUGAAAUUCUUGUCCGUCAUGCAGAAGCAUGGUUAUAUCGGUGAAUUUGAAGAAGUGGAUGACCAUCGCUCUGGCAAGAUUGUUAUCCAGCUCAAUGGCCGUCUUAACAAGUGUGGUGUUAUCUCUCCCCGCUUCAACAUCAAGGUUUCUGAACUUGAGAAGUGGACCUCCAACUUGUUACCUUCUCGUCAGUUCGGCUACUUGGUCAUGACCACCUCUGCUGGUAUCAUGGAUCACGAAGAAGCCCGUAGAAAGCACGCCGGUGGUAAAAUCCUCGGUUUCUUUUACUAA